AGGAAUGUAUUUCCUGUUUAUAACUUCCGGUUCCUCCCACCUUGUUGAUGUUUUCUGCUGCGCGGUGAAAACUGCUCCUUAUCUUCCAGCUUCAGUCCAGCUCUGAGACAACACACAAUCAUGUCCACCAAGGUCGCCGUCGUCACCGGAAGCAACAAAGGCAUCGGGUUCGCCAUCGUCAGAGCGCUUUGCAAGCAGUUCCAGGGGGACGUUUACCUCACCUCCAGAGAUGUUGGGCGGGGUCAGGCGGCCGUGGAGUCUCUGGCCUCUGAGGGACUGAAGCCGUUGUUUCACCAGCUGGACAUCAACGACCUGAACAGCAUCGUCACAGCUGCCGCUUUCUUCAAGGAGAAGUACGGAGGAGUGGACGUCCUCAUCAACAAUGCUGCCAUAGCUUUCAAAGUGGCCGACACGACUCCUUUUGCAACCCAGGCUGAGGUCACAAUGAAAACCAAUUUCUUUGCCACCAGAGACAUGUUGACUCACUUCAUGCCUCUCAUCAAAGCUGGAGGCCGAGUGGUGAACGUUUCCAGCUUUGUCGGCUCUCGUACUUUGAACAACUGCAGCCCAGAGCUCCAGCAGCGUUUCCGCAGCGAGGACCUCACAGAGGACGAGCUGGUGGGACUCAUGCAGCGAUUCGUGGAGAAAGCCAAAAAAGACGAGCACAAGCAGGACGGCUGGCCUGAGACUGCAUAUGGCGUGUCCAAAACCGGACUGACGACGCUGUCCAUGAUCCUGGCUCGUCGUCUGUCUAAGGAGCGACCAAAUGACGGGAUUUUGCUGAACGCCUGCUGUCCUGGAUGGGUGCGCACAGAUAUGGCAGGUCAGAAAGCCCCUAAGUCACCAGACGAGGGCGCCGUCACGCCGGUGUACCUGGCUUUGCUCCCUGCAGGAGCCACAGAACCACACGGGAGGUUCGUCUCUGAGAAGGAGGUGCAGCUGUGGUGAAACCAACAUACAUGGAGCUGAUGUUUCAUUGCGUAAAGACGGGUCAUUCCUUCCAGCUCAUUCCAUAGUCAUCAUGUAUUUUAUCUGUACAGUAAGCAAAGGUCCUCCCUGUUGAAUAAUGCUGAUCCAAACACUACCUCAGGUAGCAGUUUGUCUGUGCCUGUCACUUUAAAUGUGUCCUUAUUUGAACAAAUGUUUAAAGUGCUGACAAAGCUUACCUGAGCUUCCCGUUAUGUGUCUUACUGCUAUUAAAAAGGGUGAAUAUGAUCAAAUUAGCUGCCCUGACAUGAGAAGGAAAAUGUUUUUCUACAAUAAAAAGAUUUACACUAAGUGA